AUGCGGUCAUGCAGUCAAUCCACUCCCCGCCAUUAUCGCCCAUUAAUCCAUAAAGGAGAAUCCCAAACAUGCUGGAGAGCUUCACAUGUCUUGGCUGAAAAAAGGGGGAUCAAAGCCAAGAGUUCACUAUUGGCUGACUAUCACCCUUUCUUUUUCUGA